CAUUGAUCAUUGCCUAACAGCAGAAAUCUUACGCUAUGCGAUUGUUGGCCACUGGCCGUGCCCUGCGCGCUAGCAGUGGCAGAUGGUCCACUGCGGCGCCUCGUCGCAGCAUACUGCCAUUGGUACGUCGUCCGGAGAACUGGAUAACCCCACGGAGGGACUGGAGCUCUACAGCUGCUCGCAGAACGGAGGAAAAUGCAGAUGCCGCCAAGGUCGCCGGGACAAACCCCAAGAAUAAGCAGAAGGAUACCCUCACGAUCGAAGGACAGUCGUACAAGACAGAUGAGUGGACGAACGCGCGAGAAUCGAUUCUGUCCCACGUUGGCCGUCAACUUUAUCUUGACGAGAACCAUCCUCUUACGAUUACGCGGAAGCUCAUCGAGAGCCAGUUUCCCGGCCCCAUCUACGGUAACUACGCUGAAACGAAUCCGGUCGUCUCGACGAGGGACAACUUCGAUGUGCUGGGCUUCCCUUCGGAUCAUCCCGGCCGCAGCCGUACGGAUACCUACUACAUCAACGAAACUACCCUUCUGAGAACACAUACCAGUGCGCACCAGCAGGCAUACUUCCAACAGAUUAAUCGCAAUGAGAGUACUCGCCCGGAAGAGCGUGGGUAUACUGUGGUUGCGGAUGUUUACCGGAGAGAUGCGAUUGAUCGCAGUCACUACCCCGUUUUCCACCAGAUGGAGGGUGCUAUGCUGUGGAAGCGUCCUGAUCAGGAGCCGUUGAAACAUUCGAGUGAAACAGCUGCGGCUAUCAUUGAGGAUUUGAAGCGCAUUCCCGCGCACGAUGUCGUCGUUGAGGAUCCCAACCCCACUAUCCACGCUGAGCGGAACCCCCUCCAAGCUGGGCACCACACUCAAGUGGAAGUGGAGGCCAUUGCGGCGCAUCUCAAGCGGUCGUUGGAGAAGAUGGUGAUCAAGAUCUUCACCGAGGCGAGCAAGGCAGCGGUCGCCCAUGCAGGCGGUGCCGCUGAGACAGAGCCAUUGAAGGUCCGCUGGGUGGAAGCAUACUUCCCCUUCACCAGUCCGUCCUGGGAACUCGAGGUCUUUUGGCAGGGUGACUGGCUCGAGAUUCUGGGCUGCGGAGUUAUUAAGCAGGACCUCCUUAACAACUCCGACGUGUCAAACCGCGUCGGAUGGGCUUUUGGCCUUGGUCUCGAGCGUAUUGCCAUGCUCCUCUUCAACAUCCCCGACAUUCGUCUCUUCUGGUCGCGCGAUUCGCGAUUCCUCUCCCAGUUCAAGGAAGGGCAAAUCACCCGCUUUGAGCCCUUCUCCAAGCACCCAGCAUGCUACAAAGACGUUGCCUUCUGGCUACCACUAGCCACUUCGACAGCAUCAGCAGCCGGCGGCACCGUCCCAUUUCACGAGAACGACGUCAUGGAGAUCGUCCGUGAGAUUGGCGGCGACCUGGUUGAAGACGUUAUGCUUAUUGACGAGUUCACGCACCCCAAGAAGCGCAGGACGAGCAUGUGCUACCGUAUCAACUACCGGAGUUUGGAGCGCACACUGACGAAUGAAAAGGUUAAUGAUUUGCAUGAGAAGGUGCGGGAGAGGCUGGUUAAGCAGCUUGGGGUUGAGCUGCGGUGAUGUCUGUACAAUUAUAUCAUGAUAUCUGUAAUUAGACUAAAUUCAACGUAUGACUACGAUUCCACUCAUCCGAUUGUUUAGUGGUAAAUAUAGGAAAGCCCGG